AACUUCUCUGCUGUAAUGAACCAGACCCUCAUAGACGGGACUGGCUUGCCAAAACUCUGGAGUCUUAUGUGCCUCACUCACUUCACAGUAAAGUGAUGGUGUCUGCACAGGAUGGACAACGUUUUCAGAGUGAAGAUGUGACGUACGACAAGGUUUUAGUCGAUGCUCCCUGUUCUAAUGACCGGAGCUGGCUGUAUUCUUGCAGCAGCCAGCAGGGGGAGCAGAGACUGAAGGAAAGAGCAAGACUGCCUGUACUCCAGGCUCAGCUGCUUAGGUGUGCACUGUCACUGGUGCGUCCAGGGGGUCUUGUGGUCUAUUCAACCUGCACAUUGUCCAGCUCGGAGAACUACGCUGUGGUCGAGACGGUGCUGAAUGACUUUCCUGAGGCGGAACCUGAAGACCUGUGGGAUGAGAUAGUCGCUCCUUUAUCAGAACACUUUGUGUUCAGACCCUCUCACCCUGGUUAUGGAAAGACCUCCCACAAGCACUCGUUGCUGCCUCAGGAGGGUGCCCUGUCCUCUUAUCCCCAUAGACUGGGCAUUUUAGUGGUUCCUCAGCCUGGAAAGACCUGGGGACCCAUGUUUUUGUCUCGGAUUAGAAGAAGGACAUAGCGGCUGACUGUCCCGUGAAGAUAUUUGGAAACAAAUGGAAUCUUUUGAGAUGCAAAGUACCUCGCAGAGCUGACUCACAUGUAGAAACUGUCAAACCUAGUAACUCACAUUUGACCUGUGAUACUCUUAGAGGAGCACAGUGAUAGCAGCAGUAGUUAAGACAUGUAGAAAUAAACACGUCAGUGUUCCAAAGCCAAACUGUUGCAGGUGAAUGAGUCUUCACCUUUAGAGAGGAAGUGUUGCAGCUAAAGUGUUUGUGGUAUUAAGCAGCAGCUUUUUGAGUAAGUCCGUGUUUGUGUGAACACGAAAAAACGAAACGCCGUUCACAUCAUUUAAACUUACCUGCAGCUUUCUUCCCUACCGAGUAUUAUCAUCAGAGUCUGCUGCUCCACUCAGGAGAUUUAUUGCUCAUUGUUAUGUGUCCAGCUUCUACUGUCAAAGCUUUGUCUUCUUUUUUUGUAAUUACCUUUUGGGGGCUUUUUAUUGCCUUUAUUGACAGGACAGAUUGUAGAGUGAAAGGAUGGGGAGAGAGUGUGGAAGAUGCAGCAAAAGGAGUUGUCAGAGUUGAACCUGAGGCUGCUGCUGGGGAAUCAAGCUAAGUGAAUGCUCCACUUAGCACUGGGGCAGCUAAAACACCAGAUUCUUCCCUCACAAGCUCGUAGGGACCAAAAACAGAAGGUAAAUAUUGAACGUACAUCAUCAAGUGGUCAAAUUAAUGAUAAUGUUGCUUCCUAAUUACAAGCACCUAGGGUGUUAUAACGUCAGAGAUGUUUUCACAAAAAAAGACAUUUC